UUUUCCACCUGUCAAGGAAGGUGACAUCCAUCGUCCCAGAGAGCUGCCUCCUCAUCCUGCUGGGGCUGGGCCUGGGGGGCAUUGUGUUGGCCGUGGCGAAGAAAGCUGAGUACCAGCUGGAGCCCAACAUGUUCUUCCUCUUCCUUCUGCCCCCCAUCGUGCUAGACUCGGGCUACUUCAUGCCCAGCCGGCUGUUCUUUGACAACAUCGGUGCCAUCCUCACCUACGCAGUGGUGGGCACACUCUGGAACUCCUUCACCACCGGCACUGCGCUCUGGGGGCUGCACCGGGCCGGGCUCAUGGAUCCAGGUGUUGAAGCUGGGCUGAUGGAUUUCCUGCUCUUCGGCAGCCUCAUCUCAGCUGUGGACCCCGUGGCAGUGCUGGCUGUCUUUGAAGAGGUCCAUGUAAAUGAGACCCUCUUCAUCAUCGUGUUUGGCGAGUCUCUCCUGAAUGAUGCUGUCACCGUGGUGCUGUACAAGGUCUUCAACUCUUUUGUGGAGUUGGGUGCAGCGCACGUCCAUGCCACAGACUACGUGAAGGGGAUAGCUUCCUUCUUCCUGGUGAGCCUGGGGGGCAUGGCCGUGGGGCUGCUCUUUGCCUUCCUCCUGGCCCUGAUCACACGGUUCACCAAGCGCGUGCGCAUCAUCGAGCCACUCUUUGUUUUCCUCCUGGCCUACGUUGCGUACCUUGCUGCUGAGAUGGUCUCACUCUCCUCCAUCCUGGCAGUCACCUUCUGUGGGAUCUGCUGCAAGAAGUAUGUGGAAGCCAACAUCUCCCAGAAGUCCCGCACCACAGUCAAGUACACCAUGAAGACACUGGCCAGCAGCUCAGAGACCAUCAUCUUCAUGUUUCUGGGCAUCUCAGCUGUGGACACCUCCAAAUGGGCAUGGGACACAGCACUGGUGCUGGGCACCCUGUUCUUUAUCCUGCUCUUCAGAGCUGUGGGUGUUGUCCUGCAGACCUGUGUGCUCAACCGCUUCCGCCUCAUCCCUCUGGACAGGAUUGAUCAAGUGGUCAUGUCAUAUGGUGGCCUCCGAGGGGCCGUGGCCUUUGCCCUGGUCAUCUUGCUGGACAGGACAAAGGUGAAAGCCAAGGACUACUUUGUGGCAACGACCAUCGUGGUGGUGUUCUUCACUGUCAUUGUGCAGGGCCUCACCAUCAAACCCCUGGUGACAUGGCUGAAAGUGAAGCGCAGUGAUCACCACAAGCCCACGCUGAAUGAGGAGCUGCAUGAGCAUGCCUUUGACCACAUCUUGGCAGCAGUGGAGGACAUUGUGGGGCACCAUGGCUACCACUACUGGCGGGACAAGUGGGAACAGUUUGACAAGAAGUACCUGAGCCAGAUCCUGAUGCGGAAAUCUGCCUACAGGCUGAGGGAUGAGAUCUGGGACGUUUACUACAAGCUGAACAUCCGUGAUGCUAUCAGCUUCGUUGACCAGGGUGGACAUGUGUUCUCUGCUGCCAAGCUGGCACUGCCCUCAAUGCCCAGCCGCACGUCCAUUUCAGAGUCAUCAGUCACAAACCUCUUGAGGGAGAGUGGGAGCGGCGCAUGCCUGGACUUGCAGGUGAUCGACACAGUGCGGAGCCGGCGGGACAAGGAGGAUGCUGCCAUGCACCAUGUGCUGCGAGGGAGCCUCUACAAGCCACGCCGGCGGGCCAGCUACAGCCGUCACUUCAUCUCUCCAGAUAAACAAGAGCGCCAAGACAAAGAAAUCUUCCGGCAGAACAUGAAGAGGCGGCUGGAGACUUUCAAGUCCACAAAGCACAACAUCUGCUCCUCCAAGAGUAAGGCCAGGCUGAAGGAGAAGGGCAGAAAAAAGAAGAACAUCUCUGUGACCAGAGAGGCUCCCAAUGAUAAGAUGCACAGAAACAUCCCCUGGCAGGAUGCUGCUCCUGUCCUGGUGAUGGUCAGCUCAGAGGAGGAGGAGAGUGAUAGCUCAGAGACGGAGAGAGAGGAUGACGAGGGGAUUGUGUUCAUUGCUCGAGGCACUGCUGAGGUGCUGAGAGCUUCUGACAGCCUGGAUGUCUGCCCCAGCCCCUGUAUCAUCCCACCUUCGCCCACCUUGGCAGAGAAGGAGCUGCCAUGGAAAGGAGACCAGGCUGAUCUGGCUGUUUACAUCUCCUCGGAGACCACCAAAAUCGUGCCAGUGGAUAUGCAGAAGGCGUGGAACCAAAGCAUCUCCUCCCUGGAGAGCAUUGCUUCCCCGCCAGGCAUUGAGAGUGGACCUCAGCACAGGUGGUUCGCUUGCCCUGUGCCGGAGGAGCAACCCCAGUCUGCAAGCCAGGCCAUGACGGAGCAGAGCUCCUGCUUCCAGUUCCCCAGCCAUGCUUCCAAGAAUGGGCGGUCACAGAGUGACAGCAGCCCUGAUGGCGCUGAGCAGCAGGAGCUGCAGCCUUUGAUGGCCAUGGAGGAGCAGGGCAGGGUGCUGCCCACCGCGGAGCCCAGGUGGCUCAUGUUCAACAGAGCGAGCCACCUGUGA